AUGGAUAUCGAACCAACUUUUAAAGGCUAUAUGGAAGAUGAAAAUGAUGCUUUAUUAAUUCUUCAAGCAAUCUUAAAUGGGAAAUUAAGGCAUAUACCAAGAAGACCUUACGAGAUUGAAAGACCUUAUCUUAUCGUAUCAGGUAAUAUAUUUGUAUUCAUUGAGGAAAUUUCAGGUAUAAAAAGAUGGACAGAUGGUGUUUCGUGGUCCCCAUCAAGAAUUUCUGGUAAAUUCUUGAUAUACAAAGAAUUGGAUAAAGAUAAUCCAAGCUCAUCAUCCUCAAAAAAGAAAAGCAAUUCGAGAAUAAAAUUGCCACCUUUGGUUUCUCCAAGUCCAAAUCAACAAAACGGUAAUGAUCAUUCGUCAUCUGCACCACAAGGCAUCUUAAAUUCUGACAUAAAUGACCCAUCCGUCUCGACUCUAAGAUCAGUUCACCCACUUAAGUACACUGGUUUGGUGAAAAAAACUAUUUCAAUAACUUUGAAACGUUUGCCAUACAGUUAUUAUGAAAAUUUCCACAUUGUCUCUUAUUAUACUGUAGAAGAUGUCAAACAAAACAGACUUAUCACUCCGAAGGAUUCACUUUUCUUUAGGGACGUCAGACCAUGUCCUGAACUGAUAACGGCAAUGGAAAAUGCAACCCUCGGUAACUCUAAAGGUCAUUCAAAGACUAAUUCGAUAACUCCUCCUAUAUCUAACGCAGAUAGUAUGGAUAUGGCGACUAUGGAUAGUCGGAAUACACAACCCCACAUGAAUCAUUACAACAACUUUAAUACAUCACAAAAUCAAUCUCAGUCUAAUAAUAAGUUCGGUUUAGGAAAUUCGAGGAAUUCUAUGAUUAAAAAUGAAGAUUAUUCCUCUACGACAGGGAUACAGCACGGUAUCAUUAACUAUCCCUCUCAAAGUAGCAGAUAUCAAGUCAGUCAAAGUGCUCUUCCAUCCACCAAUUCCUCAUUUACAAACAGUUUUGUAUAUGCUAAUGGGAAUUCAUUCAUGAAUUCGGAUUAUGUGCAACAACAACAGCAACAACAGCAAAUGCCUGGAUCGCUACAAUCAUCAAGUACCUAUCCUUAUUAUUAUUCGAUGCCUCAGUCUGGAACUGCCCCAAAUACUGUUAGUGGCGGACAUGGUUCUAAUUUAUUUCCUUCCAGCUAUUUUUCCCAGAAUGAACAACGGUCAACAUCAGCAUCAACUGUCCCGUAUAAUAGCGGGACUUAUCCUGUUUAUCCAGUAAGCAUGAAUACGUAUAAUGGAAAUACUGUAAAUUACAAUAGAAAUAACGGUACUGUCUCUGGCACAACUGGCGAUAGUAACAAUAGCAACAAUACUAGUUCCUCUCCUUCAAUCCCAACGCCAUUGAGCGUUACAAAUAAGAAUAGCAUGCUUGAUGGUAUUGCUACACCUGUCACUCAUCAAGGGGUGUCCUUAGCCUCUAACCAGUCCCAUCCAUUACAACAGCAGUAUCAAUAUGGAAGUAAUUCACACUCAAACUUUUCCAAUACAGGACCCAAUACAUAUCAAUAUCAAACUCAAUAUCAACCGCAAUAUCAACAUCAGAAUGUAUCAUCUAGUAACCCUUCAUCCAAUAUUCCUUAUGCAUACAAUAAUUCAUCAUAUGGCAAUUCAAGCACCAAUACAAUCAGUGGUAUGCUGAAUAUGAAUAGUAAUAAUAAUAAUAUUACAGGCAGCAAUAGUAGUAUUCAUCAAAACGCUGCUAACCAUUCCUCAUCUGUUUCAUCAAGUCUGAAUAAUACUGAUUCCAAAAUAGCAACUUUACAAAGUACGCCGAAUGCGGCUUCUGCUAUAAACUUGAAUAAUAGAAGGGGGACUUAUAAUCAAGUGUAA